CACUAUAAAUAUUGUAAGCUUGUUGGUUGCAAUCACAGUUGAAAAACAGAUCUUCGCCGGGAACAAGUCGUUAAAUCUUUAAAAAUGACAAAGACAUUUGCUGUGCUUUCAGUGCUGGCUCUUUUAGCGUCAUCUACAUUUGCAGGACCCGUGGGAAGGAAAAUUUUCAUGUCCGAGGGUGACCUCUCUACUGCCGACUCUGUCAGCUAUGGCUACUAUGCGGCUCCUAUUCCAGCUUACGGAUACGGAGGGGGAUAUAAGUACGGAGGAUACAGCGGCUACGGUAGAUAUCGCAGCUACGGAAGCUACUAUCGUCCACCAAUUUAUCCAGUCUGGGGCUAAGGCUAAUCCCUGAACAUCACCCUUAAAUGAACACUAGCGGCUUGACCACUAUUGUAACCAACGAAGUUGUGUAAACGUACCAAAAAUACUGGCAUUUGGGAUGAAGUUUUUGACCCCAGAAACAAUUAACACCGCCCCGGCAUAAUCGCAAUAAAAGCAAAACAUCUUA